GAUUCGAACAUCCCGUUCCUCGCUGAGAUUAUAGCCGGAGGGAACUGUCUGAGUGUUGCUGGUGGAUUUGCGUCGUAUUUGACAGAGACGAGGUCAGAAAACCGUAUUUCUGGUGUUAAGAUACACUUAAAAGCUAAAACUCAUGAAUAUUUAAACAUUUACUCAGCUGGUGCCGCAGCUGCGAGUUAAGUGCAUGUUGUUUCAUUCUCAUUUGCACGAGUAAACUCUACUUUUAUCGAGUAAAGUAAGUAGUACCUACUUAUGUUUUCAAACCGAGCAAGCAAUAAGAAAGUAAGGUUAAGUUACGAAGUUAGCUUGGAAGCAGAGCUUAAGGUUAGUUGAAAUGUGAUCAGUUCUUUCACUUUGCUGUCCAAAGGUCACUCCCCUUCCUGUUAAUGGUCAGAGCCUUUGGAAAGCUCUGCCUCCUGUCUGAUCCGAAACAUUGCUGCACAGACCUGCUAGAACUUUAACCAAAUCUGACUUUGUCUAAUGUAGAAAGUCACCUAAAUGAUUCCUUCUUUGUGCUUUCUGCAGCCUGUGGGAAACCCUGAACACCAGUCAUGUCACAGCUUAGUGGUAAGGUCCAAACUGUCCUGGGUUUGAUGGAUCCAGACCAACUGGGCCGCACCAUGACCCAUGAGCACCUGACCAUGAGCUUCGAGUGCUGCUACUUCCCUCCUCCCGUGGGCGACGAGGCGGUGGCUGAGAAUCCAUUCCACAUGCGGCACAUGCACUGGCUGAGACAGAACCCGUACAGCUGCCACGAGAACCUGCUGCUGCAGCAGGAGACCAGCGCCGUGAGGGAUGAGCUGCUUGUUUACAGGAAGGCUGGAGGGGGCACGAUUGUAGAGAACACCACCACGGGACUCGACAGGGACCUCCCCACCCUGAAACAGCUGGCCAAGGAGACAGGGGUCCACAUUAUAGCAGGAGCAGGGUAUUAUGUGGACUGCACACAUACUGAGGCCACCAAGAAGAUGAGUGUGGAGAAGGUGUGAGAGGAAGCAGAUGGUUUACUUUAACUACACAUGUUUUGAACACUUAUUUUAUCUGACAAAACACAAAAACUUGCUUAAAAAAUGUCCAUGAAAAAAAGACACCAGGAAACCCACAAGAACAUGAGGUAGGGUUGGUGAUGAUCUUACAGAGAAGGGAGGCAACCCUUAAAUAAAGAGAUUAAAUAAACACAAGCUCACACCGUCACACGCAAUGAGACUUGAGUGAGUUGAGAAGGCACAGAUGUAGACAAAGAAGAAGCACGAUCAUUAGGGAGGGUAAACACAGGGAGGUAACUUAAACCAGACUCACUCGCAGAAAAUACAAUUAAAACAGGAACCUAAAAAUACAACACUGAAGAUGCAAGAUGAACAGGAAUAUAUAUAUACUGAAUCAAUAAACAUGUGGAACAGGAUUACAGAGGAAAAACAAACAAAAAAUACAAUCCAAGAUAAAUAUGUUAGUCUAGAAUUUGCAUUUAUGCUUAUCUCUAAAGUUUUAAAUAUCACCUGUUCUGUCAGCACAGCCUCUAACAGUGUAAAUGUAGUUUUGUUUAUAUAUCAGUAUUCCAGCCUGAGAUCUUCUCUGUUCAUAUCUGUCAAGUCUUUCAAAGAGACAGAACAAAAAUAUCACUGAAGAGUCAUUUUAGUGCUCUGACGUGUGAGUAACUGCUUUUCUAGAGUGAUAUCAUCCUGCUUUCCCUAACUCCUCGUUUCCUGCCCGCCAGCUCACAGACAUCAUCGUGAGCGAGGUGCUUCAUGGCGCUGAUGGCACAGACAUCCGCUGCGGCGUGAUUGGAGAGAUCGGCACAGGCUGGCCAAUCACGGAGAGCGAGACAAAGGUGCUCAGAGCCGCGGCUCACGCUCAGACCCAGCUCGGCUGCCCUGUCAUCAUCCACCCUGGCAGGAAUCCCGCUGCUCCAGCGGAAGUUGUCAGGAUACUUCAAGAGGCUGGAGGUGACAUCAGCAAAACAGUAAUGUCACACCUGGACAGGUGAGAAAUCCCAGAGGUCAUUUAAUUAGUAAAGGCUUAAAAAAAAUCAGUCAUUCAAAAUCUCCUUGACUGUAUGAAAGGAUGAUAAAAGGACAGCCCCAGAAAGUAAAACCAAAAGCAUCUGGAGCUUCAUCUCAUAGACUGUAUAUAUUAUGGACAACUUGGUUCUGCCUUUCGCCAGUAUACGGAUUUGAAUCAUAGAAAACAUGAACCUCCUAAUAAUUUUUUUAAAUGAAGCUGUACUGAAAAAAGAGGACUUGAGCACAAGCCAGUCUUACAGUAACUACAUGUCAACAUUGCAGGCAGGGGUUUUGUCCACAGCUCCAAAAGCUUUGCUGGAGGAGGUGGGAUUUAUGACCUAUACUGCAGCCCGUCACCAGAGGGUGCUGUUCUCAGAGUGGCUUCAACCAGCAAGGAGGCAGACGCUGUCCUUUCUAUGUACAGUAUAUGCUUCAUCUGCAGUAAAGGUCACAAAGCCAACCUCCUCUAUGUAAACAGAUGGGACAUGGGUCAAACAUAAAAAGCAAAAUAACAUGUCAAAUUAUAAUUUUUAUUAUUAGUUCUCAUCAUGCUGAUUAUGUGCAGCAUUUUUCUGAGUUUUUGAUUUUAGAAAAUGGAAUAUAAAACUAUGACUGACAGCUUCGUUAACAAAUACGGCUCCUGUGGCACUGAGUGCAUUGGCCUUGAUUUGACCUCACUGCUCAGACUCUGGCUCCAACAAAUGAGAUAUUAAGUGUUGGGUAGUUUGGCGUCUCUUUUGUCCAGUAUAAAGAGGUUGAGACACUUAGUCUAUUUUAAGAUACUGUGUGGAAGAAAAAUAGUCCUCCCUGAAGCUGUAUUUUUCCCUGAAAACCUUUAUUUUGAUAAUAGUCAUGUUUGAAAGAUAUGUGUUUUGAUAAAUAAAAGUUACAGUCCUUUGAUAAGGCUUUCUUUUCUAUGGAGUGACGCUGGUGUUUCAGUGAAUGUAGAUGGAAACAAGUCAGUAUAACUGUUUAUUUAAUCGCUUAUCACUUAUUAAAUUUCAGUCAUGUAGGGGAGGGCUGACUAUUUGAUUCCCCCUCCAAAAAUCUGUAUGUCUUGUGUAGUACAUAUAUCAAAACAUGGGAGACUUAGUUGAGUCAGUAAUUUUAAGGUAUAAAUCAGAUCAGUUUCUACUGCUGCAGUUUAUAGUGUUUGUAUUUUGUUUGUAGACGACUGCUGCAAAAUGUCAGCACUGCACAAUCCAGCGCUGGAGAGUUGUAGCUGUGCUUGUUUAAAAAAAUAGAGUAAACAGCUGUGAUUUGUGCCCUCUGUCAGCCAUUAACAUCACUUUGUUUUAUUCAUGGAGCUAAAAAUCGAGUGGUUUAAGCUGUUGUACUUGUUACAACAAGGAGACACUGAUAUUUGGUUUGAAAUGUCAUGUUAUGAGCCAAUAUCACAGUGGAAGCGAAUGACUCAAUUAUUUUUUAACAUAGAGAUAAUUGUUGAUUGACUUCUUAAGUCAUCAUCUCAAUUCAUGUACUGUUUUUGCCAGAGUCAGACAGACAGACAGACAGGUAAAAUGGUGUAACAUACAUACCUGUAGGGUAGAUUUGAUUGAACUCAGUGGAUCAGCUUCAACCUGCUUUUCAGGUCUGAUUGGAUAAGUCCCUGCUUUGUUUGUGUUACAUAACUUUCAAAAACAUAAGCUAAUCAAUGUUUUUGUGGGAUAAACUGUCUUCUUUAUAAUUUAGCCCUUUUGCUUUGAUGUCAAUACUGAAUUUUCAUUUCUCUCCCUCUUUACACAGGACCAUUUUCGAUGACGGUGAACUGCUGGAGUUUGCAAAGCUGGGCAGUUAUCUCGAGUAUGAUCUGUUUGGAACAGAGAUGCUGAACUACCCGUAUAACAUGGAGGUGGACAUGCCCAGUGACUGCCAGAGAGUGAAGACGUGAGUUUCACCAGGAUUAUGGGAAAGUGUGACUAACCUGAUACAUUAUCAAAGCUCAGUGUUUGAGUUUGAGACCGCUCCAGAAAUCCGGAUGUUUGGGAGGAGCUCACACCAGGUUCGUUUAAUUUGGGGUAAAAUGCUGCUUCUCAGAUUCGGCGAGGAACUGUGAGACUGAUCUUCUUGUGCGCAGCAGGGCGGGGGGAGUUUGCAUCAGCAAGAUGAGUGACGAAUUAAUGAGGUUGCAGAUGUUUGUACUCACAUAAAAAGACAGGUUUAGCCACACACAAAUGUAGAGUGACAGUUCCAGGAUCUCCUUUAUGAAAAAAUGGACGCUUUAAUUCAUCUUUUUACUCAUUUACUACCUUUUGUAUGUUUGUGUAGUUUGGCAUUCCUCGUGAAGGAGGGCUACGAGGACAAGAUCGUGGUGGCACAUGACAUCCACACCAAGAACCGUCUCACCAAGUAUGGCGGCCACGGCUACUCUCACAUCCUGAAGAACAUUGUGCCCAAGAUGCUGAUGAGGGGAAUCUCGCAACACCAGGUGGACAAGAUCCUCAUAGACAACCCCAAACGGUGGCUGACUUUCAAAUAGACCAAGAAAUAAGUGCCGGAGAGUGGCGUUUUAACGGGAUGAUUAUCUUAUCCUCUGAAGAUGAAGGUUAUAUACUCUACGAUUAAAUCUUUGCAAUAAUCACCGUCCAGGAUAAUUUCAAAAUAGACUUUUGGAGCGAAGGAAUUUUUCUUAGUAAUGAAUUGUAGCAAAACGUGAUCUUGAAGCUAAAUGUUUUGUCGGUGUCUUUUCGAUGAAAAUGAACCACAAGUUGUUUCAUUCACUUUAAAGCGUUUUUGUAGUUGCACUAUCAACCUGAUUUUACAAAGGAGCUUUGAGCGAUCUCUGUGCCUCUCGUCUGACAGAAUUUUUUUGAUUGUUCUACGGCACAAACAUCCACUAUUUUUUGUCCUCCGAAAGUAUACGAAAUAAUUGACAAAAACUUUGCAAUAUGGUGCUAAAAAGAUGCGGUGCUAAUUGAUUUUUCUCUUUCAGUGUCAACCUCUCAGCUGCUUUCUUUGUAUUUGUUCGUGACAUCUCUGCCAACAUGCUUUAUGGGGCCGAAAAUAACGAGCGUGUUGGUAAUCAGUAUGCUGCUCUGCUUUCGACACAAUGCGGCUGUGUUAGAUGAGUUGUCCUGUUGCCCCUCAGUGGGUGUCUGGGUGUCUCUGGGAGGCUGAGUGGCUGGCAGGGCCCAGAUGAAGGACAUGUUCUCCUCUCAUCUGGGAACAGGUGGCCUCACAGGGUGACUCCUCGCCACAUGAUCGACAGCACGAUCACUGCGGAAACCCAACAACUGUAUAACUUUGAUUCAUCAUGGAACUAAAAAGGGAGUCGGAGGAUUUAUUUUAUACAUUAUAUUUUUACACAUUUGUGGACAGUUUUAUACAGAGAGAGUGUAAGAUUGUUGACUUCCCACCAGACUACCCUGUGGUUGUCACAGGGAGACAGAAAAUGAGUCGGUGAUCUUCUUGUGACAAAGAUCAUCAGUUUGGCCCUUCACGGUUCCCCAUUAGUGUUAAAACGUCAUUUUUACAAUCAUGCAUCACUUCGGUUUUUACAUUUUCACUCCAAAAAUGCAAGAACUGUUAAAUACGGUUUGUAAAAUAAAGCACACAUAUGGACUAACAUCACUGUGA